AUGCAGCUUCUCAACACCAUCACUGCCGGCUUGCUCCUUGGUAGCAGCUGCCUGGCCGCUGCUAGCCCUGCGACAUGGCAACGCUCCGUGUCUCAGGCCCCCAAGAAGGCUGCCCCGAAGGUGUUCAUCGUGUCCAUGUUUGAACCCGAAGCCGCUGCCUGGUGGGGAAUCCCCGAAUUCGACCUGUUGGCUCACAACAUCACCAUCCCCGGUGCCUCGCCUGUCUUCCCUGACGUUCACUGUACUGCCGACUACAGCGUCUGUCAACUCAUUACCGGAGAGGGAGAGAUCAACGCCGCCAUCACGGUGUCCUCCAUUGCCCUCCACCCCUUCUUCGACCUCACCCACACCUACUUCCUCGUUGCCGGUAUCGCCGGUGUCAACCCCAAGGUCGCCACCAUCGGCAGUGCCACCUUCGCCAGAUACGCCAUCCAGGUUGCCCUGCAGUACGAGAUCGACCUCCGCGAGCUCCCCGACAACUUCACCACCAGCUACUUCCCCCAGGGCGCCUACGCCCCCGACCAAUACCCCACCAGCAUCUACGGCACCGAAGUCUUCGAGGUGAACGCCGAUCUGCGGGCCCUGGCCGUCUCCUUCGCCAAGAAGGCCAACCUCUCCGACUCCGACUCCGCGAAGGAAUACCGCAGCAAGUACACCGCCAAGGGCUAUGAAGCCGCCACCAAGGCGCCCUCCGUGCUGGAGUGCGACGUCGCCACCACGGACGUCUACUACAGCGGCAAGCUGCUCAGCGAGGCCUUCGACAACACCACCGAGGUCUGGACCAACGGCACCGGCAAGUACUGCAGCUCCGCCCAGGAGGACAAUGCCACCCUGCAGGCCCUGCUGCGCACCUCCGCCCGCAACCUCACCGACUUCUCGCGUAUCAUCAUCAUGCGCACCGGUUCCAACUUCGACCAGCCCCACCCCGACGAGUCUGCUCUCCAGCACCUCAAGUACGUCGAUGCCGGCGGCUUCGAGCCCUCCAUCAAGAACCUGUACAACGCCGGUAUCGAGGUCGUCACCGGUAUCCUGAACGGCUGGAACUCCACCUUCAAGGCCGGUGUCAAGCCCUCGAACUACGUCGGUGACAUCUUCGGCACCCUCGGCGGCACCCCGGAUUUCGGACCCGGCCGUCAGCAGGCGCUCGCGGACGCUGGUGCCAUCACCAAGCGAGGACUCGUCCGUCGCGGCCUGAUGCUGGCAUAA